ACGGGUGCAAAGCCAAUUCGAAACCCGAAAUGGGAUCAGUAGUUCACCCGGUGAGUUUAACCGCCACUCGUAGUCCACUCCCGCGCCAUUCUCGUCCCCCGAAACCCUCGUCCACUCCUCGCUUCUCCUCCGCUAGGGCUCCGAGAUCUCUCCGCCUUCGCGUUCGCCUUUGUUCAAAUCUAUCCAGUUCGGACAAACGAAUCCACGGAGAAGAACCAUCUGAAACCCUAGUCGAGGUUCUCAGGGUUCCGGAUUCAUGGUUGAUUCCCUCCAACGCCUUGAAGGAAUCCGAAUGGCUUAGAGUGACCCUUCACGAAUGGUUGGAUGACGAGUAUUGCCCCGAGCCUACUAAUGUAGUUAUCAGCAAGCUUGCCGCACGCUCAUACUAUGAGUCCUUGACGAAAGGUCAGUCUGAUCUUGGUGAAAUUCUGCUGAACAUGGUGAAAGAUUUGGAAACCAUUUCUUACCAGGAAAGCUUUCACGGACCAUUCUCAUCAGCCAAUGCUGCAGUACACUUAAUAACUCAGCGAAUGGAUUCCCUGGUGGAUUCAGAUUCAUAGAAUCAUGCAAAACCUAAUAAGCGUGUGUGUGUGUGUGUGUGUGUGUGUGUUCUAUGGAUGUACACAUUUGCAUUGUUGAACCUUCUAUUCUUCUUAUUAUAAAUGUAUGAUCAUCUGUGAAUCUCUGUAUGUCAGUCAGAGUGAUGACGUGGCGGCAAUGUCUCCUUAACUCAAUGUUGUGUGCGUGUGUGUUCAGAGUUGUGCCUGGUUUGGACUUUGAUAGCCACCAGCCUGCUAAGGCUUUGAGGACAAACGACAACAUCUAACAGGACUCCUCGCUAAAUGAGAGUGUUGGUAUAGGUAAGAUGUAAAGAUUAAACAAAGCUAUCAAAUAAUUUUUUGUCUUUGUUUU